AUAAAAUGCCGAUUCUGCAAUUGCGAAGCAUCAGUUGAAGUCUAUAGUUUAUGAGUCAAGCUUCGAAUAUGAAGGCCAACUUUGGAUGUUUUAUAGUGAUUUUUGUUUGUGUGUGCUAUGCCAGUGCCGAGGAUGAAAGUGUGGAUUGCACUAAGCCGCCACGUUUCAUUCCGCUCCACAUGUGCUGUCCGGUGCCUGAUCUUAGUACCGAAGAGCUGAUGGAGCAAUGUGCUGAGUUUGCCAAACCUCCACCACCACCGCCGAUCGGACGUGGCGGUCCAGCAAAGUUUGAGCAUUCACAUCAUCAUCCACCGCAUAUGCGUGGAUUGCAUCCACAUCCUUGUCUGAUCGAGUGCAUUUUCAAUAAAACCGAAGUUAUUGGCGAGAAUGGCGAGCCGGAUGUGGACAAAUUUAGCGCGCUGCUCGACACAACCGUUAAGGAUAAUGAAGAAAUGGCCGCCAUUAUGGAGGAAGCAUUCGAGGAGUGCACAGAGAAGGCCAGCGAGUUGAAAGCGAAGAUCGCUGAAAAGAUUAGCAAAAAUCCGGAAUUUGCCGAGAAAAUAGCUAAUCAUAGAAUGCAAGCGGCCUGUUCGCCUUUCGGCGCCAUGCUGAUGACUUGUGUAAAUAUGGAGACAUUCAAAAACUGUCCCGCCUCUGUUUGGAAUGAUAGUACGGAAUGUAACACGGUGCGUGACUUUAUCAAUGAGUGUAAGCGUGUUUGAAUUAAAAAAAAAAUAAAAAAAAUAAUAAUAAAUGGAAUAAGAGUACAGAAAAUUGUGGCAAUAUUGUAAAACAGAUUUUAACAGAAAUUUAUUUUCGUAACCUCACGCAUAUAUUAAAUAAAAGUGAUGUUUACAAAACAA